UAUCAAAAAUGAAAAAUAGAAAAAGCCUUUAUCACUCGGCCUCUAUCUUUAAUGUUCAUCGAACAACAUUGAUAAAUAUAUUUGAGAGUGAGAGAGAAAAUCGGGAAGUUCGAGACAAUAGCCCCGGCAUAGUCCCCGGUUGACCAAGAUAAAAUAUGAGUACAUUGGAUGUAGCUAGAACAGAGCUUGCUCUUGCGGUUUUGUAUCUGAACAAAGCCGAAGCGAGGGACAAGAUAUGCAGGGCAAUCCAAUAUGGUUCAAAAUUUGUAAGUAAUGGAGAGCCAGGCACAGCCCAAAAUGUUGACAAAUCCACCAGCUUGGCACGAAAAGUGUUCCGUCUGUUCAAGUUUGUAAAUGAUCUGCAUGCUCUCAUUAGUCCUACUGCUCCAGGAACUCCACUUCCUCUGGUUUUGUUGGGAAAGUCUAAAAAUGCAUUAUUGUCCACGUUCUUGUUUCUUGAUCAAAUUGUGUGGCUUGGCAGGACUGGCAUAUACAAGAACAAAGAAAAAACAGAACUAAUUGGAAGGAUAUCCCUUUUCUGUUGGAUGGGCUCUUCAAUUUGUACCACUCUUGUUGAGAUUGCGGAACUUGGGAGGCUUUCAGCUUCAAUGAAGAAGUUAGAGAAGGAACUUAAGAACACGAAUAAAUACAAGAAUGAUCAGUACCGCAGUAAGCUUCAAAAGUCAAAUGAGAGAUCUCUAGCCUUUGUUAAAGCAGUCAUGGAUAUUGUUGUUGCUGCUGGGUUGCUUCAACUGGCACCCAAGAAGGUCACUCCUCGUGUAACAGGUGCCUUCGGAUUUGGUAGCUCGCUCAUCUCUUGUUAUCAGUUGCUUCCAUCACCAGUGAAGGCCAAGACACCCUGAAGGAUAUACCUGCUCAACAAGCCUUAGUGUUGCUAAAUUAAUUAUUUACACAAGAAAGCUAUGUGAUUUUGAGCAAUAUGCCGACAAGUUCGGUAUGGUUUAAGAUUUCACUUUGUUUUAACCCCACUGUCAUUGUUCAUUUUGCCUCCUAUUACUCUAUAAUAAUAUGUGGCAUCUCAUUUUAGCUA